AAUUUAAAAUUUAUAGUGAUCACAAGAUUUAAUUCAUCUAUCUAAAUAUGAUUAAUGUUUGUUUCUGUCUUUUCCUAGUCUUUUUUAUUUUUUCUUCAGCAGAAACUGUAAAUAUGACUGAUUUAUAUUUCACUGAAAAUGUUUUUCUGCGUUUGUAUAAUAGGAAUGGUUCUUAUAUUGAUAAAAAUAUAAGGAAUGCUAAUCAAUUGUUACCUUACAUACGAAAGGAUAAUAAUUUAAUAUUUUAUUUAACUGGUUAUACAUAUGACAUCGAUUCUGACAAUGUGAAAAUGAUAACGAAUGCAUAUUUAUAUAAUACACAAGAUAAUAUUUUAGCACUUGAUUAUCGAGAUAUUACAAAUCAAAUUUAUCUAAUUUCCGUGAUAACAAUAAAUAAACUGAGCACAUUUAUAGCCAAUGCUCUGAAUAAUUUAGUGAAUAAUGGCGUGAAUCCAGAAAAGAUACAUUUAAUUGGACAUUCAUUAGGUGCACAACUUGCAGCGAGAAUUGGUCGUAAAACGAACUUCAAAAUUCCCAGGAUAACAGCCUUAGAUCCUGCUGGUCCUUUAUAUUAUAUUUUCAAUUCUCAUAUAAGUCCUUCCGAUGCUAAAUUUGUGGAUGUUAUACACACUGAUAUGGGUUUCUACGGAUUGGCUGUAAAAGUUGGUCAUGUAGAUUUCUUUCCCAAUUAUGGUUAUAGACCGCAACCAGGUUGUAAAAUAAUCGGCCCAUUACUGUCAACACAGGGUUUUAAUGCUGCGAAUAAUUUACGAAUAUUAAUUAAAAAUGUUUUCUUGCGUUUAUAUAACAGGAAUGGCUUUUAUAUUGAUAAAAAUUUAAAAAAUAUUGAUCAAUUAUUAUCUCAUGUACAAAAGAACAAUAGUAUAGUGUUUUAUAUAACUGGUUACUGGUGUGACAUUAAUUCUGAUGACGUGAAACUAAUAACUAAUGCAUAUUUAAAUAAUACGCAGGAUAAUAUUCUAGCACUUGAUUAUCGGGAUAUUACGUAUCAGGCUUAUAUAAUUUCUACGAUGGCAAUCAACAUACUUGGCGAACUUAUGGCCAAUGCUUUGAACAACAUAGUAGACAGAGGUGUGAAUCCAGAAAAGAUACAUAUAAUUGGACACUCAUUAGGCGCACAUCUUGCAGCAAAAAUUAGUCGUAAAACAAAAUUCAAAAUUCCCAGGAUAACAGCUUUAGAUCCUGCUGGUCCUUUCUUCUACAUUCUCAAUGCUCAUUUGACGAAUUCUGAUGCUAAAUUCGUAGACGUUAUACACACCGAUAUAGGCAUUUUGGGACUCGCUAAAAAAGUUGGUCAUGUAGAUUUUUAUGUUAAUUAUGGUGUCAGACCGCAGCCAGGCUGUACGUCAACCAAUCUGAUAUUGUUUUUGAUAGAUAUUUGUAGUCACAAUAGAUCUGUCGAAUUUUAUGCGGAAUCGAUUAGAGACAAUAACGCCUUCAUAGGCAAAUGCAGAAAUCAGUGUAAUAAUGUAUUUACUCCAAUGGGAUACGCUACACCUAGCAACGUGAAGGGUAAUUAUGAUGUUUUCACAAAUGCAUAUUCUCCCUAUGGUCGAGGCUACGAUGGGACUCGUGUCAUAAUCAAUGUGUAACACAUUAUAUUUGUUUAUAAAUUGAUUAUUUAUUAUAUAUAUAU